ACAUAUCCAUCAGCAUCGAAGCUGCAUAGAGCUUGAACAAGACUCGUCCCUUUGCCACCUUGCUUUCGGACAAUGGAUGAUUCUCCAAUUUUUGGCAUGCCCCUCCCUCCUCGUUUGGAAAAUACACACAGAGAAAGAAAGGGAGAAUCUUGAUUUCCCUUCUCUUUCCCCUGUAAUGUUUUUCCAAGCGCACAACAUAUUCAUAUAAUCUGAUUCACAAAAGUUCUGAGAAGAAGCAGCCCAUCCUUGGAGGCCGGUAUGUAUCUUAUCUAUCUUCAUAUUAAUUACCUUCAAUUAGAUCUUAUUGGGUAAAUUUCUCAAUGGUUGGUUUCUUUAAUGUUUUAUAUUGCAAUGUGCAUGGAAUCUAUGAAAUGAAGGUGGAUUAUAGAAAAUGAUGUUUGGUUUUCAAGUAAGAAACCGCCAAAAUGUGGCUGCUUCUCCAAGAGCAUCCAAUGAUCCAGCUUCUCCAAGUACAGCAGCAAUUGGGGAGAUUGAUACCAAGGCACCCUUCGAAUCUGUUAAGGCUGCUGUUAAUUUGUUUGGUGAAGCAUCCCCUAGAGCCGACAGGCCUCUUCACAAGAAAACCAUAACUAUUGAGGAGAGUGUGUUGGGAAAGGAAACACAACUGCACUGGAUCCUCAAGGAGCUUGACGAGUUAAAAGAACUUGUGAAAUCUGCAGAAUCAACAAAAAUUCAAGCACUUGAGGAACUGGACAAUGCCAAUAAGACGUUACAGGAGCUAACAAACAAACUUGAGGCUGUCAGUGAAUCAAAACAAGCAGCAAUCGAGGCAACAGAGGCUGCAAAGACUCGAGCCCAAGAACUGGAAGAAUUAGAAUCCUGCAAAACCCAACCACCUGACGGAGCUUGGCAAGAAGCUCUUGACAACGAAAGACAGCAGUACAAAACCGCUGCUAAUGAACUUAUUUUAUGCAAGCAACAACUUAAUAACCUUAAACGGGAUUUCGACACUGCCUUGAAAGCAAAGUUGGCUUGUUUUCAAAGGGCUGCAGAUGCCCAGCAUUCUGCAAAAGUCAACCAUGAGAAAAUGAAUGAGCUCUCCAAGGAUGUUGACAACUUGAGUCAAACCCUUGAGCGUGUCAGACAUGCUUCUGCCAAAGCCGAACAAGAUCAUCUCAAGCGUAUGGAAGAAAAACAACUUCUCAUAGAGUCAAAGAAGAAGGCAAAGGAAGAUAUUGACUUGAAAAUGCAGUGUCUAAGGAAAGAAGCCGAGGAUCCAGGAAAUAUUGAAAAAAGGCUCGAAGAAACAACUGAAGCAGUUAAUGUAUUACAAGAGCAAUUGAAGGAGGUACGUUUUGCAGAUAUGGAGCUUUUACGAAAUGCAAAUUCAGAGCUUGAUGAGGCGAAAAGGAGACUUGAAGAAAUGAAGGAAGAAGAGACCUCUCUUACCGAUGUGGUGGAGUCACUAAAACAGGAACUUGUGAAUGUAAGGAUGGAUAUUUCUGUGGCCGAGGAAAAUGAGUUAAAAAUAGAGCAAUUACAAGCAGAACUAGACCAAAUCAAGAUCAAAGUUGAACAAGUUAUUACAGAACAAACGAAAGCGACAAAUGAUGUAAAGGAAGUAGAACUGAAGUUACAUGAAAUAUGGCUAGAAGCUGAAAAGGCAAGACAAGAAGAAGAGGAUAUGAAGAGACAAGUGCAAACAUGUUGGAGGGAAGCUCAAUGUGCGGAGCUGGCAAUAAUACAAGCAGAGAAGAAGCUGGAGAUUGCACGAAGAGAGGUUGAAGAAGCAAAAGCAGCAGAAGAGCUUGCAAAUGAUCAAAUGCGUAAACGGUCGUCGUGUAAGAAACAGUUAGAUGAUAAUAUGAUCAUGUUGACAAUCGAAGAAUUUGAAGCUUUGAGUAGAAAAGCUGAGGAAGCAAGAACAGCGGCUGAUAUAAAAGUGGCAACUAUCAUGGCUCAGGUGGAAACAAUCAAAGAAAAAGAGAAAGAAACCCUUGAGAAGCUGGAGAAAAGCAUGGAAGAAAGCAAGGAAAUAGAAGCAAAGAUUACCGAAGCUAAUAAAACGGCGGAGGUGGCUGAUGCAGAAAGGCAGACAGCAGAAACCGAACUCAACAAGUAUAAAGGAAGAGGAACAAAGGGAUGAUCGUACUCCAAAAUUAAUCAAGGAGCCUAAUUGAUCACAACCAAAAAUCAGUAGCUAGGAUUUAGAAACAAGCUUCCCUUCUCUUCCU